CUAAAGUUCCAGAAACAUUCUACAACUUAUUCUUAUAAAAAGAAAACAAGAAAAAGCAGAUUUCUGAAAAAGGAAAAAGCGGUGACAAGGUUCACUAGCAUUUAUUUCCCGCGCCUUUCACGCCAACUGACGUCUGUCACGCAAUUUUUUGCUUAUCGCUCAUGAAUAUCUCAACAGUUUUAGACAAUUCAGCCAUUUAUUUGACUUCGUCGCCGAAGUAUCGUCCUUCUGUUAACGAAGUUUACACAUUUAUUGUUUCCAAAACGGUGUGAAGAGAUGGCCAAUCUCUUUGCCUUCGCUCUUGCCGAAAACAGACUGGUUUAUCAGCCAGGUGAAACAAUUUCGGGAAGCUUGCUUCUCAACACAGACAAGGAGCUAAAUUUGAGAAGUAUUCGGGUUGAACUACAAGGAACAGGACACGUACGCAUUCGUUCCGGUAAAGUCACCUACGAGAGGAGAGAGCCGUAUCUGGGUUUUCAGAUAGUCGUACUUGGAAGAGGUGAGAAUUUAACACGUAAACUUUUGUUUCUGACAGUGCGAUUCUUUCGAAGGGAAUGUUCAGAAAGGAAAAUAAUUUGGCACAGAGGAGAACUCGCCUUGUGUCCAACUCGUCUAUUAAAUAAGCGUGGUUUCAAAUCACAUGAUAGAAAACUUAUUAGCAUACACAAGCUUUCGAUCCAUCACGGAAUCUUUUUUAAGUAGUAUAGAGUAUUCUACACUGGGAUUUGAAACCUCGUUUACUUUAAAUAUAAUGAUCAUCCAAGUGACUCGUUCUUCGCAACAGUGUAAGAACACCUCGACCAUAUCCUUUACGACCCAAACUUCAAAAACAUGAAAAGUCAUUUCAUUAUUUUAAAGACCUCGAUAAUUCGAGCAGCGAUAAGUAUGUAAAGCACUUUCCCAAGAUUCUUUUCACACACGAAAACGCCAGAAAAUAUUGCGUAAAACAAUAACAACAACCUAACACUUUGGCAUUAAAAUUCAUAUUUAUAUAGGUCGAAUGUCAUUCCCUAAAUCCAAUCGCAUAAAACUUUCUUUCCAUAUAAAGUUGUAUCGGCCUAGAAAUCGUGACCCAAUUUCUCGAUCUAUUCCUUCGCAAUCCAGACCAGAGCAUUCAAACAUUUCCCAUAUUUCGGGGCACGCAAAAAAUUAAAAUCCUCACUGUCACUUUUGUCACUGUAUUAACCUACGGUCUCUCCACGGGGUGUUGCACUUCCCGUUUCUGCUCUGUAAUUGCCCCCGCAGGGAUUUUGCCCAGAAGGCGAAAUCCGGAGGAGGCACUCUAGUAGCUCGCUGAUAACAUCUUCCCCCCCCUCCCCCUCCACCUCCUCCUCUAACCUCCCUAUAAUUUCCCAUAAAUCUCUCUGUAUCAUAAAACAUAAGCGCACGCGGUCCAAGUUGUUUUCCUUGCUCGGUUAAUUUUCAGAUUUAUUUCUGGUCGCCGAAGACAUCAUUAAGCCUUAUGAAGGAACAAAUCUCACGAUUGACAAAGUCUGCCGUCGUCCAAUAUGUUAGCAUAUUUCGUCUCAUUUUGGCUCAGCGGGUGAAACACUGAUCUCGGGCUUGAGCCCGAAGGGCAUCAUAUUGUGAGCUUUGAUGUGGGCGGUGACGAGUCUCUGGCCUCAAAAGGUAGUUUUUAGGAGUCAAAUCUAUUUGGCAAGAGCAAAAUUGAUGCUGAUUUCUGAUCAGGUCGGAGACUUUUGUGUCCCUUUCAAAACAGCUUGUCUACAUCCACGGGGAUCUUGAAUAUAUCGACUGUGUCAGCAAAGUUUACAUGUGAUGAUUUAUGAGGAGAGUAAUUUGACGUUAUUUUUCUCGUAUUAAGUAUGGAAAUUGUGCCUGAUUAGCCGGCUAAUCUUCAUCCUUUUCAGGUCCUCAGAGCGGUAACGAUGUAAGACUUUUACCCGGCAAUUACGCUUUUCCAUUCCAAUUUCCCCUGCCUCCACACAGUUUGCCAACAUCGUUUGAGGGUCCAUACGGUAGUGUCAGAUACUGGCUUCAGGCAGUAGUGGAUCGACCCUGGAGAACAAAUCUCCAGAUUACCAGCCCACUGUGUAUUGUGGAGCGUGUGCAGAUUAGAGACCCUGCGUUAAUGGUAAGUCUAAGAAAUCACAAUUUUGGAAAGUGGAUAAGCUGCUUAAAUUUGUGACCGUCAUUUCGGAAUUUUAUAUCCCGAAUAGAGUAACGCGGAGCUAAACAUAACCACACAAAACUUGAUUGGAUCAAAUGAACAAACACUGAAAACUAAUAAAAAAUACAACAACGAAAGAAGACAAGGAAUUUAGAGGUGUAGGAUUCUGGGGAGACUGCUUGAUGUUACGUUACAAUGAGGGAUUGGGUCGAGACGAGAAAAGACGUGUUUAAUUGGUUAAUUAAAUUCCCUUGACAGCUUCGUUUUCUCCAGACAGAACAAGAGAGUUAGCAGUCUCUUUUCUUCUCGGCCUUACACCCUCGUUUAUCGCGCCUGGCCGCUCGCGUGCUUCGGUUUUUCGUGUGCAGUAACUUUGCAAAGAAAAAUAAGAGACUGUUCGCAGUCUAGAUUUUGGUUGAAGGGACAAAAGCGGGCACAAAUUGGGCUUUUCCGAACAUCACUAUGAAUGCUCUGCAAUGGUGGAUCUGGGAAAGAGUCCGGUGAUUUCGUGGGCCACCCCCACCCCCACCCUACGUUCCAAAUGCAUCCGUAUACCAAAAGGAUUUUUAGGGAUGUACUAUGUGCUUUAGAACAGGGCACCCAACGAACGAAUAUUUCCAAAUACUCCGGAACCAAAGUGUAUCAAAUGGUUGUCCAUGUCCUCGAACUUUCGACCGACCUAUAAGGGUAGCUAUUAGUUUCGGAUGAGACGAAAAAUUCACCUGAAACUUUCGAGACGACCAAAGUUCGCCUAAGACAUAGCUUUUUGGCAGCUUCAAAUUAACCAACGUUGUUCUUUUUUUUUUUUUAAAUUACCAAGUGCUGCUUCAGCAAUAUUUACUGAGCCAUCUAUUGUUCGAUCUUAUCCUCAUGACAGUAGAUACCUUCUUAAGUUGCUAUGAUCAUAAUAAGUAAUGCGAAAGCGUAGAUCGCGGUAUAUCGUGGAUGCUAGCCUCCCACGUAGACGCCCGACGUUCUUAUGGGGUCGUCACGCGUUCCUGCCCCACGAACGUUUGUUGGGGAGGAUUACGUGACGAGACAAAAGAGCCUCUGCAUGUGAGGCUACCUGGGUGCUAGGGUGGGGAGCGUGGACGAAUUUUUUCAUCCAAAUUAUUUCGAGAACGGACAUUAAUAGUCUGGAGCCAGGACAAUGGCGGGAGAGUGAUUAUUGGAUAAACUGUGAAUCGAUUUUUUGUCUCAUGGCGUAUCAAUGUAAAUGAGAGCAGGGUCUUAUGUACUCAUUAAGAAACCUAACUGGUGACUGAUGUUUCAUCUAUUUUUCGUUCCAGGAACCAUGUGUGAAAAAUGACGACCGAAUGCUUGGCUGGGUUUGCUGCCCCUCUGGCCAGCUGUAUGCAACAGCUCGUAUUGACCGUAGUGCUUAUUGUCCGGGCCAAGAGGUCAGGAUAACUGGUCAUGUCAGCAACCAAAGCGGCAAACAAGUUAUUGGUACUGAAGUGCAGCUUAUACAAAAAGCUUUGUAUAAGGCGCCUCACGGUAAGUGCGUAAGGGAGGAUAUGAGGAAGCAAUAGUCAGAAAAAGACAUUGUCGGAUUAUACAAUGUUUAUUUUAUGUAUAUUCUGGCAUUCUGAUCUCGAUGGAUAGAGUCAGAGGCACUGAUCUCUAUUGCGUAGCAAAGAAAAAUCUCUCAGUACAAUAUUAAUUUGAUGCCAUUAGUAACAAGUUGUUGUAGCUUCCGAUAACCGCCACUCACGAUGGCGUUUAAACUUGAUGAUGGAGAUGAUAUUUCAAAACAGCGGCUUCUUUAAACCACCCGAUUUGAAUGGGUCCUGCACAAACAGAGUUGGAUUUAGGGGAGGGGCCCCCACGUUACUUUUAGGCCAAACUGAAACCCGCACGUCCAAAAAUAUUAAUAGUGAGCUUAAGCAAAGACGUUUUUGAGCGACGCACGUCAACUGGAAGUGGGUUUUUUUUCAUUUUGGACGGUGGUUUUGCCCAAAUUUUUGGGCAAAUCGUCUCUAUAGUAGUAAGGACACUUAGAAAUACAAGUUUGGGAGCGUCAAGGUGCUUUAAAAUGAAAAAGACCUCGCCUCCGGUUAACGUGAGUCACUCAAAAACGCCUUUGCUUAUUUCAGAAGGCGCUUAGAUUAGAUUAGAAUAAUUAAAGUUUUUAACUAGCAAAUAACAUUUACCACAUUAAUAUUUUUAGUAUUUUAUGUCAAUUUCCAAUUUUUUUGUUUAUUUGUUUUUUUUUAUUAUUUCUUUUAUUUACCUACUAUUUCUUUCUUUAUUUGUUUAUUAUAAUGUUAUCAAUGUAUUUAUUCAUUAGUUUAUUUUUUUUGUCAUACAGUGAUGGGCCUCCCCCUGUGGAGGACCUAAAAUUUUGGGCGAUCCCGCGCCUAUUUGAAAGAUUGUUUUUGAUUAGCUGGGAAAACAAUAGGGAUUGUCACAUAACAAUGCCCCUAUCUCUGAAAUCAGUGGAACUGUAGAUUAAAGGGGACCAGUGAAAUAAGAGGUUUAGAAGGGUGCAGGUCUAAUUUUAUUUAGAUGUAGAUGGAGAUCAGCCAUCCUUGGAGACCCAGGGGCAGUCAGACGGGUCGAGGAUGUGGAUAAGCAGGCCCCCAAUCAGCCACUUAUACUUGAAGAUCUGAAUCUGCCACUCAGGCCAAAAUUUUGUAUGAGCUGAAUGUAAGCUUUAUCUGGACUAACUGCAUUAACUUUGUUUGUUUUAGAUACCACGCGCACAGUUACAGAGAAGAUUUACGUUUUAACAAACGAACAGGGAUUUGCCCCCGGGGAGGACGGCGAUGUUCACUUUGAUGCUUUUUCCGUUCCUUCCGUUCAGCCAACAACGGAGGGGUUCGGCUGUAUUGACAUAUCUUACAGAAUAAGGGUACGUGAAACCAAAGCAAUUACAUAAAAGAAAAAUUCAGCUGACUUUUUCAGAAGGUUUAGGAAGACUGAGCACUAGCUUAAUUUUGCUUAGACUACGAGCAGUCUCUCUUUUUCUUCAGAUUUAGUGAGAGCAAUGCACGCGCGCGGGAGUGGAGAAGCCGCGAGACGCGCGAAACGAGGGUGGCAGCCGGAGAAGCCUCUCGCCGUCUCGCGCCAUCAGUUACGUGCGUGGCCAUUUGCGUGUCUCGCGUUUUGCUCGAAGGACUACAGAAAAAAGAGAGACUGCUCGUAGUCUAGUUUUGCUCAGAAUUCUGGUAUCGUUUGGGCUACAACAACAAGCAAUGAUUGGUUAAUGGUUGGUUUUGGGUACCCUGGAAUUAUGGGAUUAUUUUCUGAACAACAUGUAGUGUCGCGUCGGUGAAGCUCAUUCCUCUGAAAUGAACUUGCAGUGAGAAGUUUGUCAAACUUUACCGAUUGGUUGCCUAUGUUAUGGGAACUAAAACUUGGAAAUAAUAUUGGUGGGUUUCUAUACUCCUUUAGGAGCAGCAGCUACUUGUAUAUAGACAAUAAUUCCUUAAAAUAACAAUAUGAUUAUAUUUGAUUUUUUUUUUCUGCGUGCACUGAGAUUAGUCUAUAUUUAUUUUAGAGAAAGAAAGUUGCUCAUCUUAAAAGAAAAGAAAUAAAUUAUAGGUCACCAUACUCGUUUUCAAGGAAGAAAAUGAACAGAGUAGUUGAAUAAAAUCAAAGCGUUGUUUGAUUAUAUUUGGACAUCCUUGACCAAUCAGGUCCUAACACUGGUACUCAAACGAUCCUAAUUGUCGUUCCUUUAAGAGCCUGUACCCUGCAUUCUCCUCCAAGUUUCUGGAAAGAAGAAGGAAAGAGCUAUGACUGUAAAAUAAGCGUUAUUUAAACAUCAAAGUGUUAGUGCGAAGCUUUUAAUUCAUAUUUAUAUCAACUCUCUUCUCAGUUUAAAGUGCGUGUAGCAAGAGCUUUCAACACAGAAAUAGAAUUCCCAGUAAUAAUAACCACAGUGCCUCCUAGUGCCCAACCCUCCAUCGAACAAGUUCUUAGUCAUCAGAUCUACAGCGCUCUCGCUAAUUACCUGGCGUCACGUGUAUCCGCCGAGUUGGCCAGUGAUGAAGCUGCAGACGAGGAGACCGAGACAGGAAUGGGCCGAGUUGCACUGGAUGGAUCAGCAGCGUCAAAUUUUCCUGGUAGGUUUGCAUACAAAAAAGAAACAAUGAACACGUUCAUUCAUAAUUUGCCAUUAUCGUCUUUAAGAUGGAAAGCUCUUUAUUUUCAGUUGUCUGGCAAUUUGCUGUAUUGGCAAAUCAGUUUAUCACUUGUUUGCCCCUUGAGAAAUCACGUGAUAUUGUCUCCAUCCCAUCAGUCACAGACGGCGGUUAUCGUGAAUAAGGUCUAUUAUAAGGCUUCAAAGUUAAGCGUGACUGUAGUUUCACUGAACAGGAACUGUUCACAGAUUAUACUGAACUUUGGGUAUAUUUUUUUCGUUUUUACACAGGUUCUCGACAAGCUCCUGCCGUUCCCUUACACAGCAGCACUAGGAAUGCUCCAGCGAACGGCAAGCCUUACCAAUAUUCAAAGAUAGAAGUGUGACAUAUCUAUCUUCUUACGAUCUCACUUUGCCUCCCUUGAGAAUGGAGACAGAAGACACUUCCAUGCAAAGGGGGAGGGAGAACAUAUGAAACAUAUAAAAUACAAUAUUGUAAAAUACAAUAACACAUGGGCUCCGAACGAUGGUUUCCUCCUAAAUGCAUUGAAAACACUUUCUAGGCUAUCCAGAGUACUUUCGGAUCUCUAGAAAUGUAUUCUAAGUUGCGCUAAAAAGUUUUUAUCUGUUCGGUCAUCCUCGGGCAUUUUGAGUCUUUGAAAUUACAAGGACUUCGGUAUUAUUUUCCCGAAAAUUUUAGCUGUUAUUUUAAGUUUUACGAAAGAGAGAAUUUUUCUGAUUCUUCUCUACAUCGCAUUUUCGGUUCCGAAAAUUCUAGGUUUCCUUUCUCUACGGAAAAUAGCCGAAUCGGGGGAGUGAAAUGGGAAAUAUUAAGCUUCAGAAAAUCUUAUUGGGAAUUUGUCAGAUAUAAGCUUCGAAAAUUGUACAUGAAGGGAACGUUCAUCUGCAAAUUUUUAGUCUUCUUAAAGCUAUAGAAAAUUCUAGGCAAUUUUUGCUCCUCCGAACAGGUAUAUUUUACAGAAAACAGUUGUCGGGUGCCCCUGUUAUCAGACCACCAAGAACAGGAUCCUCAGUCCCCCUAAAUUCAAAAUUACUGCAGAACUAAUAAGAAUUAAGGAAAUACGCUCCAUGCCGAAGUUAUAUUUUCAAAUGUGUAGAGCGAACUGUAGUGUGUCGAGUUAAAUACUUUCAAGGGUGUUCAUCCCUCACCACGUUUAAGAAGUAAGCAGGGGUCAACAAAACUUUCGAAGCAGUCCAUUAAUAUUUAAAGCCUAGUCCUUACUGAGAUUAGUGUGGUUCUGGAUCGGGCCACGGUAAAACCACGGAAGUGGACGUUUUUGAAAAUAAAUAUCAUAUUGAC